AUGAUUAUAUGUUUAUUAAUAGACAUUCAAUCAGAAUUUAUUAUCCAUUAGUAUAAUCUUUUAAAGUAUUAAAGAAUAACAAACACUUUUAAAAUAUUGGUGUAUAAAUUUGAUUAUAUCACUUUAGGAUAUAUUCCUUUAAAUAGUUUUCCAUUAGUAUUCAAUAUUUAAACUUAGUUUUUUUUAAUUAACAUAGUAUUAAUAACAUUUCCUAUUGGAUUGAUUUGUAAGAACUUUAAAUUUUCAACAGCAAUAUUCAAUAAUUCAAUAUAGUCAUUUAUAUAUUAAAAUUAGAAGAAGAUAGAGAAAUUCUUCUCCUUUGUAUGAAUCCAAAUUUAUGAUUUCAUAUUAGAUUGAUGAAAAAAAUCAAAUGUUUAUGGGGUAAAUCAUCAGAUCCACUUGA